AUGUUUUUUGAUUCUUUAAAAAAAAGAAUAUAUGAUAUAAUUUUAGAUAAUAAUUUAAUUUUAAAAAAUGAAGAUAAACAAGUAAAUUUAAAGAAUAUUAUAAAUAAUUAUUCUUUCAUAGAAAAUAUUUUAAGAAAAAAAUAUUUAGAAUAUAGACGUUCACCAAAAAAGAAAUUAAAAACAAUAAUUAUAAAUGUAGUAAGAAAUAUUUUUGAAAAUUACGAUACUUUCAUGAAAAAUAUAAUAUGUAGAAAUGAUAAAAUAAAGAUGAACAAAAAUAAAAAAAUUGAUGUUAAAUCAAAAGAAAACAUAGAAGAUGUAGAUAAAAAAUGUGAAAAGAAAAAGAAAACUGAAAAUGAAGGUGAGAGUGAAGAAGAGAUAGAGAAACUAAACAUAGAUGAAAAUGCAAAUAAAGUCGAAAAGGAAAAUAUAAAAGCAAUAAAAAAAAAUACAAAUGUGAGUAAGAAAAAUGAAAAUGAUAAAAUGAGUGAAUUAAAUAAAAAGACGAGUAAAAAACUUAUAGAAAAUAAAAUAAAGGAUAAAAUUAUUAACGAAGAAAAAAAUAUGUUUUUAAAUUUAAUUAGUCAGAAAAUUAAAUCAGAAGUAAAUAAUAUUACAGAAAACAGAGAAAAUAGUUUAAUAGACAACUCUAGCAAUAUUAUAAAUUGUAUAAAAUCUAAUAGAAAUUUAAGAGAUUAUAAAGGAAUCAAAAAUAUAAAAAAGGAUUUAUUAUAUAGUAUAAUUUAUCCAUAUAAAUUUAGAGAAGAUUCUUUUAAUACUAUUAUUAAUAUUAAUGGUGUAAGUGGUGCAGGAAAAACUACAUUAUCUUAUGCUAUUGCAGGAGAAUGUGAUUGCCCUUUUUUCUAUAUAAAGCUACCAGAGUAUAUAAGAUAUUUAUCGAACGACGCAAAAAAUAAUAAAAUAAAAAUAAUAUUUGAACAUAUAAAAAAAGAGUAUAAUAAAGGUAUACUUUGUAUUGAUGAUAUAGAUAUUAUAUUUUCUUCAAAAGAAGAUUCUACUGAUUUAUAUUUAUUUACUUACUUAUUAAGUAUAUUUGAUAAUUCUAAUAUUAUCAUACUUUUGUUAAGUGUUGAUAAGCCAUAUGAAAGCAUACUUUAUACAAAAAUUCAAAAAUUUAUAUCAAUACCUAUACCUACAUAUGAAGAUCGAGUAGAAAUGCUUCAACAAAUAUCUCAAGAAUUUUCAGUUUAUUUUGAUGUUAAAUACACAGCGUCAGUUACAUAUGGAUUUAAUAGAGGACAAAUAUACGAUAUUAUUAAGGAAUCAUUAAAUUUAUACAUAUAUAAUGAUGUUAUAAAAAAAAGUAUCAAUACAAAUAAUGUUGAAGAAAAUGAAAAAGAUAUAGAAUAUAAAAGUAAGAAUUUCGAUGAUUUUUAUCAAAGAGAAGACAUUCUUAUAGAAGAAAAAAAAAAUGAUGAUAUAAAUGAAAAUUUUUAUAAUAUAAGAACAGAAGAAAAAAUUAAAAAUGAUAAUGAUGCAUCUAUAAUGGAAAAGAAUAUAAAUAUGAUAGGAAAAUGUGAUGAAGAAAUUCAAAAUAAUAAAACCACUAAUAAUUUAGAAAAAGAAGAAAAUAUAUUUCAUAUAUAUAGUAAUUCUGAAUAUUCACCUGAUAUAAAAAGUAAUAACUUCAAUAAAACUGGAAGUUCUAUAAAUGUAAAUAAUAAUAAUAUUAAUAAAGAAGCUAGCUACAAAAGAAAAUAUAGUAGUAUAUUUAAUUAUAAAAGGAAUGUGGAAAACGUAAAUGAGAAAAAGCAAAAAAGAGUUAAUAUAAACAUUGACAAUGAUAUUAUAUAUGAGAGUGUAAAUAAUAUAAAGAAAAAAAUGACAACACAAAAUAUAUGUGAAGUACCUAACAUAAGUUUAGAUAAUAUAGGAUCUUUAAAAAAAAUCAAGAAAAUAUUAGAAUGUAAAUUUAUAUUACCAAUUAAAUAUGCUAAUAUAUAUAAACAUUUAGGUAUAAAUAAAAGCAUGGGAAUAUUAUUGUAUGGGCCUCCAGGAUGUGGUAAAACUAUGCUCGCAAAAGCAAUAAGUAAUGAAAUGAAAGCAAAUUUUAUAGCUAUUAAAGGACCUGAAAUUUUAAACAAAUAUGUUGGUGAAAGUGAAAAGAAAGUUAGAGAAAUUUUCUCAUAUGCUUCAAUAUAUAAGCCAUGUUUAAUUUUUUUUGAUGAAAUAGAUAGUAUAUGUAUUAAUAGGGCUAAUAAUAAAGCUGCAUUAGCAUCAGAUAGAGUUGUAAAUCAGUUAUUAGCUGAAAUGGAUGGUCUUUCACAAAGGGAGAGCGUAUACAUUAUAGCAACCACAAAUAGACCAGAUAUAAUAGAUAAAGCAUUAUUACGAAGUGGUAGAUUUGACCAACUCAUAUAUAUUUCUUUACCUAAAUAUCAGGGAAGAAUUGAUAUUUUAAAAAAACUUUCAAAAAAUAUGCCUAUAGAUAAAGAUGUUGAUUUUUCUGAAAUAUCCCAUUUAACCAAGGGUUAUAGUGGUGCAGAUUUAUAUGGAGUUUUAAGGGAAAGCGCUUUUAUAGCCCUUCAAGAAUGUAGAGAUGAAAUUGAUUUUUUAAAUGCAGACUUGCAAACAUCAAAUAAUGUAGUACAUAAUGAUUCCAACUGUGAUAUAUAUCUAUCUAAGGAUAAAAACAGUUUUUUUAUAUCAAAAAAUGAAAAUGUAAAUAGCAAUAAUGACAAUAAUACAAAUAAUUCUAUACAAAAAUUCAAGAAUAAAAAGGUUUUGUUAAGUACGUAUGUAGAAGACUUUGAUAAUUUUUCGAAUGAUAAUUCACAUAAUAAAAUACACAUGCAAAAUAAUUGCAAAACUGUUCAAAAUGAUUUAAAUUAUAUGCCAUUUAAUCAAAUUGGUAAAAGUCAUAAUGUAUGUAAUGAAAUAGGUAGGAAAAAUAAAGAGAUAAAUAAAAAAAUGAUUGAAUUUGAAAAUAAAGAAACUAUUGAAAAUGACUUAGAAUUACUUAAAGAAAAAACUGUAAUGAAUAAUGAGAUAAAUCGCAAAAAAAAUAAUGAAUUAGAUAACAAGAAUUGCAAUGAAAUAUCGAAUUUGGAUGAAAAAGAAAUAUUAAGCAAAAAUAAAAAUGGGGAAAUAAUAAGUUUUAAUAAUGAAAAUAGUAUAUUAAUAAAAAAAAAUAACAUGAUGUACGAAAUUGAAGAUUUAAAAAAUGAAGAAUUAAGCGAAAAAGAUAAAAAUAAUUUAAUAUAUGAAUUCAUUCAAAAAAAUAAAAAUAUAUUAACAAUUAAGCAAAAACAUAUUUUGUCAGCAAUAAAAACUAUUCCAAGAAGUGUUUCUAAGAAACAAAUGAAAUAUUAUAAAGAAAUAAGUAAAAAGUUCAAAUAA